UCAGAUUACUGACGUCGACGUAUUGAGUCGAUACGCCACCUCAUUGUGAUACAUUGUGCUUGCUUUUCAAAAUUGAGGGUGAUGACGUCUCUUGCUUGGUUGACACUGGUCUCCGUUAUCAGUUAGGCGAUGACGGGUCUUUCUUUCCGGGUUGUGGCCUUCUGUCCUUGUUCUUCUCUCGCGGCGUUGCUCGUUCCUCUCACCUGUCGUUUUGAAUGCUUCAUCCUUACUAUAUACUACUGCGAUGUACGCCUGAUGUUGCGCUCCAAAUGGACUUUCAAUCUGCACGCCGAUGCCUAUGUGACGACAACCCGACCGUUGUCUUUUACUUCGCCUUCAUCAAGGACGUAUGAAUACUACCUUCACGAUGACGGAAUGUUUGGAUGUUCUACACAGAGUUUCGAUAUACCAUUCGCCUCUCAGACGUCUCGUUCUUCCGAUGUCCCUACCAUAACACCAGUCAUCCAUUUAAUAAGCCCUCCGUCUGACUAGCUUAAUUAGCUACCCACGAAAGCUCGUAAGCAUCCAUAUAAGAUAGAUACUCAGUUUCAGCUUCCUUCGUUCGUGGCAACUAUUUACUUACGAUUAUAUACGCGUUGUUAUUCUCUAGGAUUUAUCGCGCAAUGUGAUAGUUCACGACUAAUUUCCUUAGGCCUCGAUGCCAGAUCCUAAG